AUGAGUAGAGCGCUGCUUCGAGGGGCCGUGUGCCAAUCCUGUCGCCAUGAAACGCUCCGAUCGUUUAUCGCCGUAUCAGGCCUACCGAUGCCGCGAUACACUUCUCAUCUGCACUCCAGCUUGAACGCCAGAGCUUUCUCCGCUGUAGCGCCAAAGCGAUCUGAUCGUCCCCCUAUCUCGAACCCUUCAGAUAUCAAUUUUUCGCCCCUAGAAUCGAAUUCGGAAACGGCUCCAGAAUCAGCUGCAGAAAAUGAGAACAAUGAGCCUGCGGAAACACAGGUUCCUUGGUACUUGCAGGAAGAAUCGCCAACCAGAAAAGUCCGCCCAAUAAUUGGAGAUCACAUUCCCAAGCUCCCAGAUAACUCCCCAGCUAUGCUGCCGAACCUCAUGGAGUACACAUAUCAAGAAAUUGGUCUGGAUGAAUUGAAACUUUAUGAUCUUCGCGGUCUUGACAUCCCGGCGGCCUUGGGCGCCAAUGUCAUUAUGAUCAUUGGUACCGCUCGCAGUGUGAAACACUUGAAUGUUGCCGCCGAUCGCCUGUGCCGUUGGCUCCGCAGUACGUACAAGCUUUCGCCGUAUGCCGAUGGACUACUGGGUCGCAAUGAGUUGAAGAUCAAGCUUCGUCGCAAAGCCAAGCGCGCUCGUGCCGCUAGCCACGCGGGUACCAUGAUCGAUGAAAAAGACGACGGAAUCACCACAGGUUGGAUCUGUGUGAACAUGGGUGUAGUCGAUAAGGAUGUUGCCAGUCCCCAGCUCAGCGAGGUUGGGUUUGAGGGAUUUGGCCAGCUUGAUACCGGAACAAGCGUGGUGGUUCAGAUUUUCACCGAAGAAAAGCGGGCUGAUGUUGAUCUGGAUGGUCUCUGGCAAGGCACUUUGGAUCGAGCUGAGCGCAAGAGACUUCAAGACGCCUCAGAGCCUGCCCCCAAGACAGCACCUUCAAUCAAUAGCCGCGGAAGCAUGAGCAUCCCUGGGGGUCAGCGUCGAGGUAUUCACACUGAGCGGCAAGGCAAGGUAAGCGCCAGCCAAGCUGAAGCUCUGGAAGAUUCAUCUUCUUCCCGGAAGUCCCCGGGAUUUGGCAUGAGCACCGAGUCGUUGAUGCAGAAGCUAGUCGGUCUCCCUUAUGAUAACGCUCGGAGUGAGCUUGGAACCGGUCCAGAGGAUUACAAUUCCACUCUUUUCCUGCAGCUUCUUUAUGCUAGCUUACCAGCCGGGAUUUCUGCCGCAGAAAAAGCUGUUCUGCGAUUGAGACUGCACUCAAUUGCGGUCUCUAGACAACACUCUGGAUACAGCAAGGAUGCCCUAUUCAGCACAUUCAACAAAUUCCUUGCUGACGGUUAUCAACUGUCCGAUGAACUUGGCUUCAAUGUUGUCGCCGCUCUUUUGACGCCACGCCUGGAACCGUCUUCUCAGACACCUGCGCAGUUCCUACCUGAAGCCGACGUUGAGCUGGCCCUCCAGGUGCUGGAACGCCUGAGUCUUCGUGGUGUGCCCAUUCUUAAUAUGAAAGUUUUUAAUAUGUUAUAUGAUGUGGUCAACACUCCAGCUGCGCCAUGCGUAUCUCCUGAAGAGGCCGAACGAGCCGCAGGUGACAAGCGUCAGAUGUUGAUUCGUCUCUCUAAGAUCGCCGCCGAGGCAGAGGUUCCCUUUGAUGCGGUCGAGGCCCGCAAGCUUAUGUUCACCCAGUUCCGGUGCCAAGAUUACGAUGGUUUCUGGCGACUAUGGCGCCUGUUCCCUCUGAAGAAUGCUACUCGUACCCAGGCAGAUUAUGCCCAACUGUUCCAACUCCAUGCGGAGCUUGGCGAGGAGCAACGGGCCCGCGACCUCCUGUCUGCUUGGGUGCCUAUGAUGCGUCGGGAAAUGACUCCAAUCAUCCUCCAGGGUCCAAUUGUCAAUGCUAUCAUGCAUUGUAUCCUGGUGGCAGACCCGGAGAUUCAGCACCGAGCUGAGGACGGUUCCACCAGCUACUUUAUGGACCUGUGGGCCCAGUGCCAACGAGCACUGGCACAGGCCGAAGAAAUGAUGGAAGAACAUUGA